CUGUAAAUACCGAGUUGAUGGAAGUGUUUUCACCUCAGCUGGAGCAGCCUCUGCCCCCCUCUCAGAUGUCUUGCAUCAGUCAGCCUGCAGCUUUAGGUCAUGUGUCUGACUGCAGCAGCAGCAGCCUGGACUCUGAGGAAAUGAUGGACAUGGAACACUUCAUUCAUCCAUAAACAAACAAAUAAACAAACAUGGAGGAGAGCGUUGACGUGAAGGCUCUGAGGGACAAGUUCAACAGCCGGGCCAGAACCUCAGACACCAGCAGCCGGGGCAGCCACUCUCCAAAGUUUCCACGGCCGGGCUUACAGAGAACCAUCCUCCCUCUGAUGGAGAACAAUUCCACCGACAGACUGACGCCUGGACCUCCUCCUCCAGCGUCAACAAGUCCAGGACUGAUGAGGUUCCCCAGGGCAGAGCCAGCGACCUCCAUCCCAUCUACACCUGCUGCUUUCCCUCGACUUCCUCCAGGUUCUGCAGUCAAGUCUUCCGUUUCGCCGGGGGACGCCAGGAAGGUCAAGCAGACGGGGGAGCUGCUCCAGAACAUGAUGCUGAAGCACCAGAGGCUUCCAGGCACCACUGUGGCGCKGGCUCGGAGUCCAGCUUCACCUCACGCAUCGUCCCCCAUCACCACACCUCACCCUCUGCGACAGCACUCCCGCCAAAGGAGCUCCAAAGAUGUGAGCCCUCUUAGGAGGCCCCUGCCUCCUGAGGGACCCCUGCCCCUGAAACCAAAACGACCGCCUCACGUCAACCUGGAGCCUUUUAUGAAGUUCAGGCGUGGAUCUGCUGUUUCGGAUUUAAAGAAAAGUGAAGGUUCAGCAAACAGGAGAAUGUCUUCGCCAUCAGUUAUAAACCCUCCACAGCCUCCUCUGCGAUCGAGUAAACCAACCAGACUGCCGCGACAGAUGGCCUCCGUAGACUUUGCGGAUGAGCAGGACCCUUACGAUGACGUUGGAAGCUUUGAAAAAAAUGAGUCCUGCAGUGGCAACAACUCCCCGUGUUUGGAAGAGGAUGAUGACGAUGUGUAUGAGUGUAUCGAUGAAGGCCAGUUGGAAUCAAACCAUUCGACGUCUGAGAAGUCAAACAAGCAGGACGUAAAGAAACAACAGGAACAAGAAAGAAAGGAGCAGCUAGAGAAACAGAGGAAACUUGAUGAGCUAAAGAGGAAYUUUCAGAUCCGAGGUGAGGUUCAGGUUCUUCACACAGCCAGGGCUCGUCACGACUGGCGCGGGGAGGAGAAACURGAUCUCAGCGUUCGACAAGGAGAAAACGUGGAGAUUCUUCGCGUGGAGAAUAACCCAGUCGGCAAAUGGUUGGCUCGUUCAGUCAAUGGGAGCUACGGAUACAUCAGCAACACAUGUGUYGACAUCGACUACGAGGCGGUGAAGAGAAAAAUGCCCCAGCUGAUAAAAAGGGAGACGUUAGAUUUACCUCCACCUCCUCCAGACCCCCCGAUGAUGUUCAGUGUAGAGUCUGACAGCAGGGACAGCAUAGAUCCCAAAGUGGAAAAGGAGAUGAGGAAAAAGUUCAAGUAUGAAGGUCCUGUCACGGUGCUGCUGACCAUGAUGGUGGAUCCUAACUGCAUCAUUAAAAAACUCGGAACCAAAGAUCUUCAAGUGACGCCGGGAGAGAUUGUGGAUGUCAUCCAGCAAACCAGCAAGAAGAAAUAUUUGUGCCAAAGCAGAACUGGAAAAUACGGUUACGUUUCCACAACUUUUCUUCUUCCCAUGGAAGGAGAAAUCUAUGAUGAUGUCGAUUAUCCAAGUGACGUCUACGACAACGAUUUCCCACAAACAAACUAUUAAACAUGUCAAACUUUAUACAUUUUAAGGCUGACAAACAAACUGUUUUAGAGACAAACUGAAAAAAACUGGAUACAGAUAAAUCAUGACAAUGAAGUCAAGAUGGAAACUUAUUUAAAAAAAAAGUUUUGUAAUGUUUUUUAAGCUGAAGUGACAAUCAAACUAAGCUGAGUUCAGUUCAAAC